AUUAUACUUAGAGGUGCAAUUGACGUAGGUGGGGUGAUUAGUUUAGAUCGGGAGUGGGUGGCUGCCGGGGUUUACCAGGAGUCGGUGGCUUCCGUGGCCACUAGAAUCCAUUGGCCCCUUGGCUCUCUGGCCAGGAUUCUAUUAUUUAUCCGGAUGAGUUUCAUCUUUUUCCAAAAAAGAAAGUCAGCUAUCUCUUGAAAAGAUGGAGUAAACGCGGUUCUUGUGAUUUGGUUUCAGGCGCAGGGCAAUUCACCACCGUUCUUCCAUUUUCUUACGCCAUUCAAGGUUUGCUGGACUGCUUGUGUGGAAAAGGUCAUUUUUAGCUCAAUAUAUGGAGCGAGAGCAGGAACCCUUUCCACCCCUCCAUUCAUUGGGUGUGUAUAGAGUUCAAAGAGCUUGAAUUUUGUAAUUAGGAGCCACAAAAUAGCUACUGUAAUUGCUAUAUUUAGUGUUUUGGAGUAGUGGAGUACUCUCACAACUCUCAUUGCCACUUAGUGUUUUAUUGAGAACAACAAAAAUCUAAAUUUUGAAGCAAAGUAUAUAUAUAUAUAACCUUGAAACCUCUAAAACAAUAACCCUAUGUGCCCUUGCUCCUAAAGAGUCCGUUCCUCGUGGUUACUUUUUUAUUCUGUCAAAAAUUGGCAAAGUGAAUUGCAGUGUUCUUUAUAGGAUGGAGAACUACAAUUCUCAGUCUCCUUACCCUUAUGCUAAUAACAAUAACAAUAGUUCAUAUGGGUAUAAUCAACCUUACCCUCCUCAUCCUUCACCAAAUCAAUCUUACCCUCCCCAUCCUCCUCCAAAUCAACCUUACCCUCCCCAUCCUCCUCUAAAUCAACCUUACCCUCCUCCUCAUAGUUCUGGGACAUAUACUCCCCCGUUCACAUACCCUCCUCCCUAUCCCCAGUACCCACACCCUUACUCCACGUCACCUUCUGGUCAUCUGAACUAUUCUCCUUCAGCUCCUUCUACUAGUGGAUACCAUCAGCCGAGUCCUGUAGAAUAUGGGUAUUCCCCACCACCACCACAUCCUUAUCCCUACAGUGGAUAUAUGCCUCAUGCUCCUCCUUCAAUUUCUUCCCCUCAACCUACCCUUCAACAUCACGGCAGUUUUGAUUAUAGUUCAUCUCACCAUCACCAAUCAAUUCCUACGCGUCCUUUAGAGAGCCACUCAUCAAGAAUCAAUAUUAGUACAUUGUCAAAUAGUAGUAGUAAUGUGACACAUCUUGAUCCACCCAUUCACCCUUCGGGUUACCCACCCGUGGAAGAUAUGAUAGCAAACAUGCAAUUGUCAGAGGCUCCUCAGGCUGGUCCUUUUGGACCUAGUUCUCAGCCAUUGUACCACUCGGGGACAAUAUAUGGGCAUCCUAAUUCAUCCUUUUCAAGUUGGGAGUCAUCUUCAACGCAAGCCGAAUCAACUCCCCAUCACCGCCUUUCAUACUCAAACUCAUUCUUGGAAACGGGAUCUAAUAAUCAGAGUCUCCAACUCGUGCCAGUCACGCCUUCUAAAGGAUCUUUGAAGGUUUUGUUAUUGCACGGGAAUCUUGAAAUUUUUGUCCACGAAGCAAAAAACCUCCCAAACAUGGAUAUGUUUCACAAAACAAUAGGGGACAUGUUUAACAAAUUUCCAGGAAAUAUGAGCUCAAAGAUUGAAGGGCACAUGAGUGACAAGAUCACGAGUGAUCCCUAUGUCACAAUUACAGUCGCAGGUGCAACCGUCGGACGGACUUAUGUGAUAAGCAACAGCGAAAAUCCUGUUUGGAAGCAACAUUUUAAUGUCCCGGUUGCACAUCACGCUACUGAAGUGCACUUUGUUGUGAAGGACAGUGACAUUGUAGGCUUUCAGCUUAUAGGAACGGUGGUAAUCCCAGUGGAGCAGAUAUAUGGUGGGGGAAAAGUUGAGGGGUCCUUCCCAAUCCUUGCAAGUAACGGAAAACCUGCAAAGGCCGGAGCUGUUCUAAGUCUCUCUAUCCAAUACACACCGAUGGAGCGCUUGAGCAUUUAUCAUUGUGGGGUUGGAGCAGGCCCAGAGUAUAACGGGGUUCCAGGGACGUAUUUUCCAUUACGGAAGGGCGGAAAUGUCACCCUUUACCAAGAUGCACAUGUGCCCGAUGGGUUCCUUCCAAAUUUGGGACUUGACUAUGGGAUGCAAUAUGUGCAUGGAAAAUGUUGGCGUGAUAUAUUCAGUGCAAUACGGAGUGCAAGAAGGUUGGUAUAUAUAACAGGAUGGUCAGUGUGGCACAAAGUCAGACUGGUGAGGGAUGAUCGUUCUCUUGAAGGGUACACAUUGGGGGAACUGCUGAAGUCAAAGUCACAAGAAGGCGUGAGGGUUCUUCUUCUCGUGUGGGAUGAUCCCACCUCAAGGAACAUUCUUGGUUAUAAAACGGAUGGAGUCAUGGCAACUCAUGAUGAAGAAACUCGCCACUAUUUCAAACACUCUUCAGUGCAAGUGCUUCUUUGUCCCCGUGUAGCUGGGAAGCGUCACAGUUGGCUGAAACAAAGGGGGAAUGUCGCUGGGUGUCCCAGAGAACCAUGGCAUGACUUGCACUGUAAAAUUGAUGGUCCAGCAGCGUAUGACAUUUUGACAAAUUUUCAAGAGCGUUGGUUGAAGGCUUCAAAGCCACACGGGAUUAAAAAAUUGAAAAUCUCAUAUGAUGACGCCUUGCUCCGGAUAGAAAGAAUGCCUGAAAUUCUUGGUAUAUUUGAUAUCCCGUGUGUGAGUGGUGAUGAUCCCGAAGGUUGGCAUGUUCAGAUCUUCCGUUCAAUAGACUCCAAUUCGGUUAAAGACUUUCCUAAGGAACCUAAAGAAGCUACAAUGAAGAAUUUGGUGUGCGGGAAGAAUGUGCUAAUUGAUAUGAGCAUACACACAGCAUAUGUGAAGGCCAUUCGUUCUGCACAACAUUUUAUCUAUAUUGAAAACCAAUACUUCAUUGGUUCCUCUUACAACUGGAGUCAACAUAGAGAUCUUGGCGCUGACAAUUUAAUUCCAAUGGAAAUUGCACUUAAAAUUGCGGAUAAAAUAAGAGCACACCAAAAGUUUGCUGUGUAUAUUGUCAUCCCAAUGUGGCCAGAGGGUAAUCCAACAGGUGCUGCUACUCAAAGGAUUCUUUUCUGGCAGAAUAAGACAAUGCAGAUGAUGUAUGAGACUAUCUACAAGGCCUUAGUGGAGGUUGGACUUGAGGAAACUUUUUCUCCCCAAGACUAUCUGAACUUCUUCUGUCUUGGAAACCGUGAAGCUCCUGAUGCUAGUGAUGUGCCACCAAACACUGAGAACCCUGCAGCAGCAAAUAAUCCUCAGGCACUUAGUAGAAAAAACAGAAGAUUCAUGAUCUAUGUGCACUCUAAAGGGAUGAUCGUGGACGAUGAGUAUGUAAUAUUGGGGUCUGCUAACAUCAAUCAGCGUUCUUUGGAAGGGACGAGAGAUACAGAGAUUGCGAUGGGAGCUUAUCAACCUCAUCAUACAUGGGCUAGAAAACUCUCAAGUCCCCAUGGACAGAUUUACGGAUACAGAAUGUCCCUCUGGGCUGAGCAUCUUGGAGUUGUUGAAGACUGCUUCACACAACCGGAGUCGGUAGAAUGUGUACGCAGAGUAAGAUCAAUGGGAGAGGCAAACUGGAAACAGUUUGCAGCCGAAGAGGUUACCGAGAUGCGGGCCCACCUACUUAAGUACCCUGUGGAAGUAGACCGCAAAGGUAGAGUAAAGCCUCUUCCCGGGUGCCCAACCUUCCCGGACGUCGGAGGAAACAUUGUUGGAUCAUUUUUAGCCAUUCAGGAAAAUCUCACAAUAUGAUUUUUUUUUUUUUUGUGUACAUAAACAUUGUUGGAUCAUUUUUUUUAUCCUUUGCUGCAUUUGUGUGGUACUGUGCAUAUGUACAGAGGGGGAGAUAUGAUACAUGUACACAAAUUGUAUGUAAGCACAUUCAUAUAUGACUGUCACUCGCUACAAAUUAUCACCCCCCUUUUACAUAUUAAUUCAUGUAAGCAUAUAAGUGUAAUUUUAUUGAAAUAACGCCUAUUUAUCGAU